AUGUCAAACCCAGAGCUCGAACUGGACCACUACGAUGUCAUCGUGAUAGGGACAGGCUUAGCAGAGAGUAUAGCCGCUGCCUCAUUAGCGAAAGCAGGCAAAAGCGUGUUACAUCUCGAUCCGAACGAAUACUACGGUGGUGAACAGGCUUCUUUAACUUUGGAUGAACUGGUCGAAUGGUCAAACUCUCAAUCUUCUUCGACCUCAAGCUCAAGCUCAAGCUGGAAUGUAAAGUACGGCUCGACGUCGACUACACCAUUAGAUGAGUCAUUACAGAAUGACAGAAGACGAUAUGCCUUAUCCCUAUUUCCGGCUAUAUUACCCUCGAGGGGCGAUCUGAUAGAUACGUUGAUAUCUUCAGAUGUCAGUAAAUACGUGUCGUUCAGAAUCCUCGAUUCGAUAUCACUGUACACGUCCGAAGGGGAAUUCAAGAAAGUACCUGGAAGUAAAGAAGAGAUAUUCAAGGAUAAGACGAUAUCGUUGAUGGAUAAAAGGAAAUUAAUGAAGUUUUUGUUGUUUGCUGCUUCUGAAUUUGAAGAGAGCGAGAUAUUGAAAGGCAAAGAAUCUCAACCCCUAAUUCAAUUCCUGCAAGAAUCAUUCUCCCUCCCUACCCCAUUAUCCGAAUCCAUAAUAUAUGCUAUAUCACAUUGCUCUUCACCUACCGAGCCAAAUCUACCUGCGUUGAAGAGGACGAGAAGAUACCUGAAGUCUAUAGGGAGAUAUGGGAACAAUGCAUUCUUGGUGGGUCAGUAUGGAGGUGCGGGCGAGAUUGCUCAAGGGUUCUGUAGAGCAUGUGCUGUCUUCGGAGGGACGUAUAUCCUCGGUCCAUCCGCCAAGCCCACUUCGCUAUCGACAUCUUCCGAAGGAGUUACGCUAGAUAUCCCAUGUCAUCCUAGACCAGUCACAGGCAGAUACCUGAUCUCGUCUCCCAACCACAUCCCACAGAUACUCUUUGGUACUACGCCGUCGGGAGAUCCAGAUGAAGGACACCACAUUGCGCAUUGUAUAGCUGUCACGAGAACCCUGCCUGAAGCAUUACGGCGAAAACCCAUUUCCAGUCAGGAGACAAUAGAGCAAGAGCAAGAGCAAGAGCAAGUGGAGAACGAUGAUACUUCCUUGAUUGUUUUCCCAACGGAGAAUGGCGGUGUAGUGCGAUGUUAUGUCAAUGGGGAAGGGACAGGAAGUUGUCCUCCAGGUCAAUAUAUAAUAUACCUAUCUACCUCUAUCUCUCCUACGUUCACUACUUCUCCUUCAGAAAUGCUCAAACCGUAUCUUGCCAAAAUCACACACGACUCGGUAUUUACCGCAUACUAUGUGUCCUCUCGGCCAUCCUCAGCCUCCAUCCCAGCUUCAGUAUCGGACAAAAUCAUAGUGUUAAAACCAUAUGCAGGUAGCGAGCUAGUUACGGGAGGACUGGACUGGGAGGCCAGACAGGGCGAAGUGGCUUAUCGAGCGGUGAUGGGGGAAGGUGGGAAAGGGUUCUUUGAGAAGGAUAUAACCGAGGAGGAAGAGAUGGGUAUAGAGGAUGAUAUGUAA